AAAGUUUCAAAAGACCUACAAGCAUAUUAAAAUAUUGAAUACUUCAAUAGUGAGUUCUUAACUGAGCAUUGUGGUUGGCGUUAUGUAGAAAUGUAUUUCCACAGUAACAGCGCUCAUGGACGACGGAAAAAUGGACGUUUCCCGCACGGAAACGGAGUCGGAAAUCGGAGAAACGUUUAAACUUACGGAACCUCGCUUAAGCCGCCGGCGAUCAUCUAUUAACGCGUUUUCAGAUGAACUUUUAAAUUGCCAGUUGUGCCAUAGUCGUUUUAAAAAUCCUAAAAGCUUAACUUGCCUGCAUUCAUUCUGUGAAACCUGCUUGGACGUAUUCAUAGCGAAACUACCGGGAGCCAAGAACCGCUUCUUCCCUUGUCCGGUUUGUCGAGAAUUAAAUCCCGUGCGGAAAAGGUCCGACGAAGACGAGAUGUCAUUCAAGGCGCCGAUAUCCACCCGGUCCUCGUUCGCGUCUCUUCCCUCCCCGACAGAGAGAACAGAGCGCACAAUGGCGCUCACCCUUCGGAACGACCGCCGCUGUGAUCCGUGCACGGAGAACGGAGAGACCAUUCAGGCGCUGUAUUGGUGCCCCACCUGCCGCGAGGCGCUCUGUGACAUGUGUACGAAGAGCCACCGUGGUAUGCGGAUCACCAAAACGCAUGCCCUGAUGGACAUAGACGACGCACGUGAACGUCCUACUCGCAUGAUCCAGUCGCACGAGAUCUGCCCUGACCACCGCGGGAAGCUGCUCGAUAUGUACUGCCAGAACCAUCAGUAUCCGGUCUGUGCUACAUGUGUUGCAGUCGGCCAUCGUCACUGCGACACUAUACUCGCCACAGCGCGCAACAACCGGAAAGCGCGCUCCAAGAAGACCAACCAGACUCUGCAGCAGCGCCUCCGGCACGCCAUACACAUUGUGGAGAGCGUCAUGUCCACCAAGGAGAACUCCCACAGCCGCCUCAUUUCCCGUAAGGAGUCCAUCCUGGACGAGGUCUCCAAGCUGAAGAUGUCCGUCAUUCAACUGCUCGACGAACUGGAAGAGAAAAUGAAGGAUGAGAUAGACACGGUAGCCCGGGACUACGAGGACAUCCUGCAGUCCAAGGUUGACCGGAGCCGUGGACUACGCGACUCCAUACAGAGCUCCCUCACCAUCAUGACCAACAACCUAGACAACGGCAGUGACUACCAACAGGUGGUGGCGACCCAGACUAUGAGGGACGAGGUUGAGAAGUUCGAGUUGAUGGCGGACGAGGAACGCAUCGACUACAAAGAUGUUGACCUCAUCUUUACCCCCGACGAGAACCUUGUCCGGCUGGCCAAACUCGUCGAUCGGAUGGGGUAUGUCGAGAUCUCGGAGAAGCGCGAGAUUACCAAGCCCUUCCGCAACUGCUCCGCGCAGAAGAAUGGGAUUUUAAAUGGGAAGAUUAAAGGCGACCGGAACGGUUGUAUCUUCAAUUCCGUGGACAUCGGUGAGACUGGAGACAUAAUUCUGUCCGACUUCAACAACUGCAGCGUCAAGUUGUUUGACCAGUUUGGUAUGUUUCGGUCCUCCACGAAGCUAAACUCGCCUCCUAGAGGUGUCUGCCUAUUCCCUGACAAGAUGGCCGCCAUCGCUCUUCCGGAAGAAGGCCUUAUUAAGUUAAUGUCAACUGAGGGGAAAUUCCUGUCGCACAUCCGCGAAUUAGCCACGUCCUUCAAGGCGUACCGGAUAUGUAACUUUCGGAACAAGUUAAUGGGGAUCCUUUACUCUAAGGCUUGCAGAAGCUUGUCAAUCGUCGAGCGGAAUGGCCGGAUCGAAAAGACGAUUACCCGGAAACGCGACUACAAAGGCCUUGGAGGUGUCGCCUACGAUCCCGUCAAGAACUACAUGUACAUGUCAGAUCGCGACGCAAUCACUUGCUUUAAUGGCGCAGGGAAGCAGAUCUUCCGGAACACGUACAGACGGACGGACCUGCGCGGCAUGGCCCUGGACUGCCAAGGAAACCUGUACGUAUGUUCCCACGACUCCGGACAGGUGCUGCAGAUCGGACCGGACGGUGCCCUCGUCAAGUCCAUCCUGGUCCCGGUCUCCCCUCAGGACGUCGCAAUAGAACCCAUGGGCAACAAGAUGGUCGUUGUCGGGCUCGGGGAGAUCGUGCACGUCUAUAACCUUAUAUGAGCAUCUGUAACGCAGACUGCAUAACAAGCAUAACCGUCAUCAAGUGUUUGAUAUAUUUUUCCAACGUUUUGUACCAGUGUUUUGAAAUGUGUGAUUUUAUAUUCAGUUCGAUUGUCAUCCAUUUUCAUAUAUGAUCCAAUUAGUUAUUACACUUUUAUGUUAAGCUGAACAUAACUCUCCAAAAAUGUGCCUUAAGUUUUUAUAUCGUAAAUAUAUGUUUUAAGUGAACAUCUGCUUUCCAGUGCCAUCUUAUCAAGUGUUUGUAUCUGAUUUUUUUGGGUAAAAACUCACGCUGUUUAUUUGAAAUGAAUAUAUUUUCAGUUUUAAUAAAAGCAUUGUCGACUUC